AUGGCCGAUUCACGCGGCUUCAAGCCAAUAAACCAGUUGUGGCAGAGCGCAACAGUGCCGACGGAUCAGGAUUCGGAGUGUCUCUACGAGGAGAUCCCGGGGCUCUCGGGGUCUCAGGAUACGGACCAGCCGGCUGGUGCCGCCGUUGGGCACGCGGUGCAGGGGGAGGAGGAAGAGGAGGAGGAGGAAGAGGACGAGAACGUCGGCGGCAGCAGGGGAAGUCUCGAUUUCGGGGUCCAGGUUGGAGGUAGCGGCGACUGGUGGGGCGAUCAGUCGGGGGGCCGGGAGGACAUCGUCGCCGGCGGCGGUACCGUCCCCCGUAGCAGGAUCGUCGGCAGGAACGGCCAGUCGAGGUCGGGGUCGGGAUCGGGCGCGAGCAGCGGCGCGAGAUCGCGCAGCGGAUCGGCCGAUCGGCGUCGGCCAUCGGAUCGGGCGCGCCAGCAGGACAUCGUCAUCGUCGGCAGGGUGGAGGAGGAGCGGUAUGCCGCGCGCAGGAUCCACGUGGAGCCCGGUACAGGCGCCGUAUUGCCGCCUCCUGCGGCUACCGGCCUCAAGCUGACCAGGGGGCGACCAACGAGCCAGAGCACCGUCGCCCGUUACUUGCACUCGGCCAGCACCAACGCCUCGGCGACGCACCACCAUCAUCAUCAUCACGGGUUGCACGGCCAGUACCCACCGGCAUCCGGCGCCAGGACGACCGGCAGGCAGCACCGCCAUCAUCACUCUAGCCGCGGCGCCUUCAGUAAUGAGACGCAGGAAGAGGUACAGGAGGACGAUGAAGCCACUCUACGGGAGUUGCUCGUAAGUCUGCAGAAACAGGUCAGCGUUAUGAGUAUGAACUUGAGUGCCAAGCUGGACGAGCUGCAGCGGGGUGACCGCCAGCUGGAGACCACCGUCGCUCUCUGCGAGAUCCGCACGCAGCUGCAGGAGCUCACGAAGAGCGUAGAGUCUUGUCAGAGCGAAGUCAGCGAAGUGAAGCGGGACAUGGUCGCGAUUAAGCACGAACUAGAUACGGUACAGCAAGUUAAGGAAGAGAUAGAGGAAUUACGGGAGUACGUGGAUCGACUGGAAGAGCACUCCCAUCGGCGGAAACUUAGGCUCCUGGAGCAGGGACUGACACUUUUCUUAUCGUAUGCGAUAUUGGCAGCCGUAUUGGGAAUGUUGCAGUUUGGAUACAACACUGGAGUGAUUAACGCACCUGAAGUGAAUAUAGAGAAUUUUAUGAAAGAUGUGUACAAGGAUAGAUACGGAGAAGAUAUUUCGGAUGAUUCUGUCAAGACAUUAUACUCCGUUGCCGUGAGCAUAUUUGCGAUCGGUGGUAUGGUGGGUGGUUUCAGUGGAGGGACAAUCGCCAACAGAUUUGGCAGAAAGGGAGGCUUACUGCUAAACAACGUGCUGGGCAUCGUGGGGGCGUGCCUGAUGGGUUUCACAAAGCUAGCUGAGUCGUACGAAAUGUUGUUCUUCGGACGGUUCAUCAUCGGUGUCAAUUGUGGCUUGAAUACCUCGUUGGUUCCCAUGUACAUAUCGGAAAUAGCGCCAUUGAACCUGAGAGGCGGCCUAGGCACGGUGAACCAGCUCGCUGUUACGGUGGGCCUCCUGGUCUCCCAGGUGCUGGGCAUCGAGCAAAUCCUUGGAACAAACGAAGGUUGGCCCGUUCUCUUAGGACUAGCUAUCUGUCCUGCCAUUCUACAGCUAUUGCUGCUUCCAGUUUGCCCGGAAUCUCCAAGAUAUUUGCUCAUUACUAAACAGUGGGAGGAAGAGGCUCGAAAAGCUUUGAGAAGGUUGAGAGCCAGUAACCAAGUAGAAGAAGACAUUGAAGAGAUGAGAGCGGAGGAACGAGCUCAACAAGCUGAGUCUACAAUCUCAAUGACCGAGCUUAUAUGCAGCCCAACUUUAAGAAAACCUCUCGUUAUUGGUGUGGUUAUGCAACUUUCGCAGCAGCUUUCGGGUAUCAAUGCCGUAUUUUAUUAUUCCACGAAUCUGUUCACUAGUUCUGGUUUAACGGAUGAGAGUGCCAAGUUUGCAACCAUUGGCAUUGGUGCCAUUAUGGUUGCUAUGACGCUAGUGUCCAUCCCCCUCAUGGAUAGGGCAGGAAGACGUACAUUGCACUUGUAUGGUCUCGGUGGCAUGUUUAUCUUUUCAAUAUUCAUCACAAUUUCGUUUCUCAUAAAGGAGUUUUUUGGCUAUGUGCAGGAAAUGAUCGACUGGAUGUCGUACAUCUCAGUGGUGUCUACUCUAUGUUUCGUUAUGUUCUUUGCCGUGGGGCCCGGAUCUAUCCCUUGGAUGAUCACGGCGGAAUUAUUCUCGCAAGGUCCCAGACCCGCCGCCAUGUCCAUCGCGGUCCUCGUCAAUUGGAUGGCUAAUUUCUUGGUCGGCAUCGGUUUUCCAAGCAUGAAGACUAGCCUUGAAAACUACACGUUCCUACCGUUCAGUGCAUUUCUAGCCAUCUUCUGGAUCUUCACGUACAGGAGGGUUCCUGAGACCAAGAAUAAAACAUUCGAAGAGAUUCUAGCUUUAUUCAGGCAUGGUAAUGACAGGAGCAGCUUGCGGGACAGCAGACUUUAUGGUUGUGUUUGCAGCUGGAUCCGAGCGCUCUUCCGUCGCUCCCGCUCAGCCGGAGAGACCACCGCCCCCGCUUCCCCCGCCACGCUUUCCGAACAGCGGUGUCUGACAAUGGGAAACAGCUCCUCUUAAUAUCGGUAACCUAGUGAUCAUGAACGCGCCGAUACCGCUGCCGCUGCUGCUCACCACCAGCAGCCUUAGCCUAGAGACGCAGCUGUACGAGAUCAUCACCGAGAGCAGCAAAGCGUGCGCGGCCUUCCUGCGUCACAGUCUGCGUCGCGCGGCCAGCCUCGGCUGGAGCGCGACCGACAGCUUCGAGACGACGGCGAUGACGAUGACGAUGACGACGACGACGAGCGGCGCGAUAUGCAGCGAACAGUGAGAGGAGACGAACCGGAAACGAAAAAAAAAAAAAAAAAACGCGAAGCGGAGUAUUGCGAAAUCUCAUCAUCGGUACGGGCGAUACAUUGAGUGACGAGUGUUCCUCGUUUUCAUCGAUCGCGAUCUCUCUCUGUGUAUGUCUGUCUGUCUGUCUCCGCGAGAGAGUCGAAUCGAUUCAGUGAAAAGAGCUUGGGGUCGAUCGGGGUGAUUUUUUUCCAAGAGUGUCGAGUUCAACGAAUGCGCUCCGAUUUAAGGAUAAAUGAGGCACCGCGAUAGUUUUCUCGACGACGUAACCGCGCGCGACCGGGCGUCACUUCUUAAUCGUUUCGUGAUAUUUAUUAUGAGAUAAGUACAAGCGCGACAUGCGAAUCGGGACUUCGUAACGAUUAUCGUCCGGGAAAAAUUCCGGUGUCGCAUUCAUCCGCUCUUGUUGUCGAAAUUAUCCCGAUCGAGCUUACAUCUCAAAGGUACUUGGCGACGAUAAAUUAACUCGGAACGUCACGAAAUGUUCGAAUAUAAAAUGAAUACGUUAGAGGGAUGCUUUGAAACCGAUAUUCGAUCGCUUGGCGAGGUAAUAUCGAAAAAUGCCGAAGAUGUCGAUGAAGACGAGACGCGAGAUUCUCGUCCCCGGAAAGAUUCCUUCCGAUCUUCCCUCGGGCAUUCGAGUCGGGAAAAGACGUGUAACCGCGCGCGUGGAUGAUGAGCGAUCGAGAUAGAUUAAUCGAAAUGCUGCGAAAGUGAUUUGUGCUUAGAGUAUGCUUGGGAAAACGGGAAAUGCAAAAGAAGAUCGCUUCAUCGGCGAUCACGCGCUAAUACUCGGAACUUUGUGCGACAUCGAAGGAUAUCGAAAUGUGAAUUGGCAGACACACACGCACACGAGGAGGCAGGGAAGGGGGGGGGGGAAGGCAUAGGCUUGGUCGAGGACGCGCUUUUCGUCCGCACCCCCUUCCCCGGUCAGCGUAGCAACCCCUUCGUCCUCGGAAGAGAGAGAACGAAGGCGACGAACGUGUAUCUAUAAUAAUACCCCUUCACUUUUAUAUCAUUAAUUUUCUAGGACUCAUGUGUCGGGACUACGUGUCGUUUUUUGUAUCACACUCUGUCCUCUGUACGAUUCAUCGCAACGUGUUGUGUAUUUAUUAAGCCGCGCGCUGUUACUUCCGCGACGACAACGAUGGGAUGGGAUAGAUGUACCGUGCGCGCGACUGCCAUAAACCCGCAACAAAUUCAAAAGAUUACGCGAGCUGCCCUCGAGACACUGUGAUAUUUUCUUUUCGUCGUUUCCGGCGUUCGAUUCCGGAAUUAUCGAGAGCGAAUGUACGCUACGUGCCGGAGAGACGAAAACGCAUCGAAUUCGUUCGCUUCGUGAAUGGACUGAUUAAUUUCCGAAUGAACGAAAAGAUGAUGAUGACGAUCGGAAUAUUCAAAAGCGAUGUUUCAAACGAUAAAAAAAAUUCGCCGGUUAAAGGUGCUCCGACCUCUGUGAAAGCAAAAUGGGGAGUUAAAAGGAAUUGAGGUCAAUUUUCUGCCGAUUCCUUUUAAUCCGCCUAUUUUUCGUUGCGAGGGAAGGCUAGCAAUUUUUCGAAAUUUAUGAAAUCAAAGGAGAUGGGAAAAGGAAUUUUACUUGCCUUUAUAAGUCGCGGUGCGUAACAGUGCGUUAACGAACAAGUAUAGCGAAUCUCGUAUCGAAGAUCUCAAAUUGGGCAUCGACCAACUGCAUUAAAUUAAUGUCAAAAGAAACCACAUGGAAUUAUUAGCUUAUCUUUCGAUUAGCCGCGACCUCGACGACGUUCGCGAUCACGUCGAAUUCAUACGGUGCCUCUCGACCGCAGUAUAUUCAACAAACUAAUCAACCAUAUUUUAUCUUACAAGACGCAGGGUACACUACAAUACAAUUUCAGCUUCGGCCGUGUGGAUGUGUCGAUUCCUUAAUUAUUCGCAUCUCAAAUAUUUCUGCAAUAUAUCUUGAAGUUAUUUUCAAUCGUUAGUAAACGAUAACAUCUGAAAAGAACGCGACAAAAUGUUUUAUAAGAAAAAUAUGCGUAUAAAAAUUUAUCUAAAAA